AGCUUUUCUAUGGCUGGUCGUGGGACUCAUCUUACCAAACCUGCAUGGUUAGUGGAAAAAGAAACUGUGCCACUCAAUACGAACAACUCGAACACUUCAGUGAAUAGUUUAUGGAAAACUGCACAAACUGCAGAUGGAAGACAAUAUUGGUAUAAUGUUCAAACGAGAGAGUCGAGAUGGGAACCUCCCCCUGAGUGGACAGACCAAGAAAAGAAGAGCACUUUACAUACAGAACAAGUUUGGUAUGAACUAGAAACGGCUGAUGGUAGAAAAUAUUAUUUUAACCAAUUGAAUAACGAAACACGUUGGGAACCUCCUCCCGGAGCUUCCAUCGUGAAAGGUCAAGAAGAUAAGAGAGCCAAAACACCGGUUUCGGCAACUUCGGUUGGCUCUGUCAGUUCUUCUGAACCCAAGAAUAAUGAAAAUAUGUCAAGAACUUGGAAAGAAUACAAAACAAAGGAUGGUAGAACUUAUUUUUUUAAUCCAGCAACAGGAGAAUCUCGUUGGGAAAAGCCUGCUACAAGUGGUGGUAUGGAGGACUGGAUAGAAUAUAGAACUUCUGAUGGAAGACCAUAUUAUUACAACAAACGUACAAAGGUUACUUCAUGGACUCUACCAAAGGUGCAACAAGAUGAAAGCAGGGAUAGGAAAGAAACUCAAAGAAAGAUGAUGGUAAGAAGAGACUUGGGUGGAAAGCAAGACAUUGUGCAUCGUCCAAGACAUCGAGAUGGAAAAGUCAUGACAGAUAGAGAAGCAGAAUUAUAUUUCUUAAAGGAAGCAACGAAGAAGAGAAAGCGAGGCAAAUCCAAUAGUGAAGUGGUUGGAGGAGAUAAUACUGGCCACAGCCAUCAAAAAAGUGUAUCAGAUGAGAUAGAUAACAAGCAAGCUGAAGAGACUUUCAUGGAAAUGUUGCAAGAAUAUGGAAUAGAUGAAAACUCGAGAUGGCUGGAUGCGAUAUAUUUUUGUUGUUCAGACCAAAGAUACUUUGUGUUUCAUUCUUAUGGACAACGACAUUCCUGUUUUGUAAAGUACAAAGCUAAGCGUGCGGCUCAGAAGAAAUUGGAGCGAAGCAAAAAAAUCUUUCAAGCGAGAAGUGAAUUUGAACAAAUGCUUCGAGAGAAGAUACAACCCAAUAAGAUUCCAGAAGGAGCUCGAGUUGUUGAGGAUUGUGAUGAAAGUAUUAUCACAAGUAUAAAGGAAGAUCGUAGAUAUGCCGCCUUAGAAGAUGAGAAAGAACGAAAGGAUUUGAUAGGAGCUUAUUUUAGUAUAAUAGAACGCCAAAUAAGAGAAGUACGUAGACAGGAACGCAAGGAAAGAAUGUCAAAAGUUCGAAAUAUUUUGUCGGAAUGGGCAGAAAAGGAUAGACCUAUUUCAGAGCCAUUAGAAGAAGGAGAAGCAGCUCCAGCAAGAAAGAUGAUUGAUGAACAUUCCACAUUUCGAGAAGUUUCUGAGUUGCUUGCAGAUAAUGUUGAUUGGAAUGCAUUGGAUAAAGUAGAUCGAAUGGUUGCUUUUGAAGAGUGGCAAAGAGAAGCAGAGAAAUUAGCAGCUGAAAGGAGAGCGAGAGAGAGAGAAGAAAAGAAGCUCAAGGAAAGACAACAACGUGCAAUAUUUCGGAAACAUUUAGAAGAAAUGUUAGAAAGAGGAGAACUUAUAUUAUCUACCCAAUGGAAAGAAAUAGAAAGUAUACUUUUGCCCCAACCAUGGUUUCAAGAACUGAUCCAAACUGAUGAAAGUAACUCCUCACCGUUGGUAAUCGGAGGCCAAAAUGCUGUCGAUAUUUUUGAAGAUUUUAUGUUUACUGUCGAAGAGAAAGUUUUCAAAGAUAAGAAGGCAUUCAAAAGAGCGCUGCAAGAGCUGAAUUUUGAAAUAGACGAGAAUACAAAUGUGGAAAUGUUGUAUGCUUGUCCUAAUGCUAUGAAUGUUUUGGAGUCCAACGGAAUUACCCAACAACUACAUGUAAAACUUUUAUUGGAAGAAUAUCGAAGAAAAUCACAAGAAAAGAAACAAAAAGAAAAGAAGAAAAAUCAACUCAAGGAAAACUUUUAUGAAUAUUUACGUAAAGAAGGAACAUCAACAGGAACUUCUUCAUGGGACUGGAAUGAAUUACUCAACACAAAGUUAUUAAAGAAUAGUGUGUUUCAAGAACUAAAGAACCUUGUGGGUGAACCUAGUGUCCGAGAUAUGUUUGAAGACUUUGUUCGUCAACAAACAGCCGAAAAGAGAAAGAGGGAUGAUCAGAAUCAUACAAACGAACCAAUUCCCAAAAAACCAAGUCUCCGUGAAUCCGGCUCUACUUUUGACAGCGAACGAGAAAAAUUGGAGGCGUUGGAACGUCGGAGACAAGAAAUACUAGCAAAGUUGCAAGCUGUCAAUGAAACUAAAAAUGAGUAGCUAAAUCUCGGAUAAAAAUUUUUUUUGUUUG